GUUCUGGAUGAUAAGAAUGUUCGGCGGAGGUUUCGGGCCAGUAACUACCAGAGCACGACGCGGGUGAAGCCGUUCAUCUGUACUAUGCCCAUGAGAUUAGACGACGGAUGGAACCAGAUUCAGUUUAACCUUUCAGACUUCACCCGCCGGGCGUACGGGACAAAUUAUAUAGAGACCCUUCGAGUACAGAUUCAUGCCAACUGCAGAAUUCGACGAGUUUAUUUCUCCGAUCGUCUGUAUUCUGAAGAUGAGCUGCCUGCAGAGUUCAAGCUGUACCUACCUGUGCAGAACAAAGCAAAACAAUGAGUUUUGACAGUUCCUCCCCUCCUCCCAGGAUAUAGUGUUUUCUACAUUGAGCAGUGACCACUAUGCAUCGACUUCUAAGUUAUGAAAUGUUUCCGGUCGACUGACUCUGACCCUCAGAUGUUUUUGUAAUAAAUAUGACCUUGACUCUG